UGCCUUUCAUCUUCUCUUUUCGUCGUUGCUGUCCGGCUUCGUUGCUUCGCAGUUGGUGUAGAGAUUGCACGCGUGUUCGACUUCGCUCUUCGUGGCUGUUCAACUUCGCUCAUUCGACGACUUUCCCUUCCUGUCGGAUCGGAAGUUACGACAUUUUUAUCGGAAGCAACAACGGGAGCUUGCUGGCUGUGAAACAUUGCAUGUCUUUAAGGUAAAGCAAGAGCUUAUUACUCCUUUCAAAUAUCAUCUUCCCUGGCAGCUCGCCGUCUGUCUACGCUCGUCAGCGGCCUUCAUGGAUUCCACCCGAGCUUUCACGAAGGAUGUCAAGCGUCUCAUCAUCAAAGUUGGAACUGCGAUUGUUACUAGAACUGAUGGAAGGCUGGCCGUAGGAAGGCUAGGAAUUCUUUGUGAACAGGUUAAAGAAUUAAAUUCUCUAGGAUAUGAAGUAAUAUUGGUCACUUCUGGUGCUGUAGGUGUUGGUAGACAAAGACUGCGGUACAGAAAGCUCGUCAACAGCAGUUUUGCUGAUCUUCAAAAACCACAACUAGAACUGGAUGGAAAAGCCUGUGCAGCUGUUGGCCAGAGUGGUCUCAUGGCGCUGUAUGAUGCUUUAUUCAGUCAGUUGGAUGUGUCAUCUUCUCAACUUCUUGUGACUGAUACUGACUUUAAGGAUCCAGACUUUAGGAUGCAGCUUACUGAAACGGUGAAAACAUUGCUAUCCCUCAGAGUCGUGCCAGUUUUCAAUGAGAAUGAUGCAAUCAGUACUAGGAAAGCACCAUAUGAGGACUCAUCUGGUAUAUUUUGGGAUAAUGACAGCUUAGCAGCUCUACUAGCUCUCGAGUUGAAAGUUGAUCUCCUUGUUUUACUUAGUGAUGUAGAAGGCCUGUACAGUGGUCCUCCCAGUGACCCACAUUCGAAAUUGAUACAUACUUACAUAAAGGAGAGGCAUCAUGGGGGAAUUACUUUUGGCGAGAAGUCCAGGGUUGGGAGAGGGGGUAUGACUGCUAAAGUAAAGGCUGCAGUCCAUGCUGCUUAUGCAGGAAUUCCUGUCAUAAUUACCAGUGGUUUUGCAACUGAUAGCAUUAUAAAGGUGCUUCAAGGAGAGAGAGUUGGUACUCUUUUUCAUAAAGAUGCAAAUUUAUGGGUGCUUCCUAAAGAAGAUGGUGCACGGGAGAUGGCGGUUGCUGCAAGAGAUUGUUCAAGAAAACUUCAGAGAAUUUCAUCAGAAGGCCGUAGGAGGAUUUUGCUAGACAUAGCUGAUUCUCUAGAGGCAAAUGAAAAGCUAAUAUUGACAGAAAACGGGGCAGAUGUUAUUGCAGCACAAGAGUCUGGAUAUGAAAAAUCAAUGAUAUCUCGAUUAAUUUUGAAGCCGGGAAAGAUAUCAAGUCUAGCAAACUCAAUCCGUAUUCUUGCAAAUAUGGAAGAUCCUGUUGGUUGUGUUGUUCGAAGAACCGAGGUUGCGGAUGGGUUAAUCCUGGAGAAGACAUUGUGUCCCCUUGGCGUGCUUUUGAUUGUUUUUGAGUCAAGACCCGAGGCCUUAGUGCAGAUUGCGUCCUUAGCUAUUCGAAGUGGGAAUGGUCUUCUCCUCAAAGGUGGGAAAGAAGCCAUGAGAUCUAAUAUGGUUUUGCAUAAGAUUAUUACUGAAGCUAUCCCAGAAAAUGUGGGUCAAAAACUUAUUGGUCUUGUUACGUCAAGAGAUGAAAUUCCUGACCUACUAAAGCUUGACGAUGUGAUAGAUCUUGUUAUACCAAGAGGCAGUAGCAGGCUUGUUUCUCAGAUCAAGGAGUCCACCAAGAUUCCUGUUCUAGGCCAUGCUGAUGGGAUCUGUCAUGUUUAUAUUGACAAAUCCGCUAACAUGGAAAUGGCUAAAAAAAUUGUUCUGGAUGCAAAGACAGAUUAUCCUGCAGCUUGCAAUGCUAUGGAAACACUUCUUUUACAUGAGGAUCUUUUGAAUACUAACGGGCUUCAUGAUAUAUUAGCAGAACUUAGAAGUGAAGGUGUUGUUCUCUUUGGUGGACCUCGAGCAAGUCUGGCAUUUGAAAUACCGGGAACAAAUUCAUUUCAUCAUGAGUAUAGCUCAAUGGCUUGUACGAUUGAAGUAGUUGAUAGUGUGCUUUCAGCAAUUGAACAUAUACAUUCUUAUGGAAGUGCGCAUACUGACUGCAUAAUAACUGAAGAUAAGGAAAUUGCAGAAAUUUUCCUUAACCAGGUUGACAGUGCUGCCGUCUUUCAUAAUGCAAGCACACGCUUUUGUGAUGGAGCUCGUUUUGGUCUUGGUGCAGAGGUUGGUAUAAGUACAAGUAGGAUUCAUGCUCGAGGCCCUGUUGGUGUUGAAGGACUUCUGACGACAAGAUGGCUAUUACGAGGAAAUGGUCAAGUGGUAGAUGGAGAUAAAGGCAUCAUUUACACCCACAAGAAUCUUCCGCUUGAGCAAAAAAUGGACAAUGGAACCGUUUGACAAUUGUAAACAGGCCUAUCUAAAUCAUUAGGUGGUCAGCUGCUGAGAUGAAAUUGAAGCUUGUUUGCUUUCUCUUCUUGUUAUUGUUGUGUUAUUACAUUUAUUUAAUAUAUAUUGACUGAUGUUUUAUGGUGUAACUGAGCUGACUGAGAUAAAUUGAGUAUGGCCUUGUAAAAUUCUGUUUAUUUAUUUAUUUUUAUUCA